AUGAAUCAAUUCUCUAAUUACUUAUUUCAAUACUAAACAAAAAAAGUGUUUUCAAUUUACUAACAUUAAUGCAAUAGUAAAUCACCAUAAAUAAGAAGAUAAGAAGAUUCAAAUCCUAAAUACAGUCCAAAUGAUUAAAAGUAUAUGAGAUAAUUUAAAUGCUAAGAUUAAUUAAAAAAUCAACCACAAACCCUUUUAAACUCUCCAACAAAUAAAUAAAAUUAUAUUGCAAGUAAAAUCAAAGGAAAAGGUAAAGAAAAUAAUAAUUAAUAAAAUGCAAACAUAAUUCAUUAUCCUUACAAGAUUCCUAUAGAUGUAAAAAGCCCUUAGAAUUAUAAAUAAAAUUAAUAUAAUGCUAAAUAACCUACACCUGAAUUUGAAAAUAGAUAUGAAAAUGAUGAUAGAGGAUAAGUUUUGAGAUUAUCAAAUUCAUAAUUAAAUUUCCGCUUUGUAAUUUCAAAACAAGAAUCAGAAUAAAACUCAGAAUAACAGCCAAUUUAAAUUUAUAAUGAGUCUUCAUAAAUAUCACCAAACAAUUUAACAAAAUCAGAUGAACUCUUAGUUGAAAUAGAUUCAGUCAGAAAAUCAAGAUUUUCUAAAACAAAAACUAUAGCUGUCCAAGCAUUUGAAAGUACAGAAUAUGAAAAAACUGAAGAUUAAUUAAAUAAAAUUUUUGGAUCUUUGAAGAAAGUUAAGAUCAUAAAAAAAAAGUUCUCUUAACCAACAAUUUAAACUUAAGGUACUCAAAGAACAAUGGAGGAUGAUAAUAUGACUAAAGAAUAAAUAAACAAACAAGUAAAAACUAUUGGUGGUUUAUCAAAUAUUGAUAUAUAAAGUAUGCAAUUAAGAACAGAAUUAACAGAUUUAGUAAUAAAGAUAAACAUUCUAUUUUUUAGGAUUCUUAAAGAAGUAAGAGUACUUAUUAUAAUGAAAGUGAUAGAAAUUUUAGUAGUUUUAGAAAUAAUGUUGUAACUCCAAGAAAAAUGUAAUCAAAUAAAAUAAGUAAAUAUUUUAUUCAAAUUAAGGUUUCUUAAUGUACAAGAAGAAAUUAGAAAGAAAAUAAUGA